AUGUCCUUCUUAGAUUUAGAAAAUCAAAGACUGCCUUCACAAAUGAUGAACGAUACUGGAAGUCCGAGUAAUUUAAUAAGUGAAUUUGCCACACAAGUAAAAAUACUUUCGAGACUAUGCCACCAAUUAGAGACCACCAAUGGUUCAAUAGAUGUUCAUACACGCAUAAAGGAUGAACAAAUUCCAUUAUGCCAUGCAAUUAGAGAUCAGAUUAUUAGUUUACGUCUUUCAUCAGGUAGUAAACUUGAUAGUGAUUAUCAAGCUAUCAAUGUACAAUUAAACAAAUUGGAGAAUAAGUUUAAUUCAAUGAAAAAAAUAACGAUAGUUGAAAAUUCUUCAGGUGUAGAUGAUUCUUCAAAUUAUGUAUCAAUAAAAUUAAACGAGCAAACUUCAUUGUUAGAUGAAUCACGAAAUGCCAGACAGUCAUAUGUUCAAACCCAGCAACAAUUGCAACAACAGAAUAGUGUUGCCAUUAAUCAAGAAGAAUUAGACUUUCAUACUAUAAUACAUCAAGGUCGAGAUACUCAAGUAUCCAGAAUACAUGACGCAGUUAGUGAAGUGAAUACUAUAUUUCGUCAAUUGGGUUCAUUAAUUCAAGAACAAGGUGAACAAGUAGAUACAAUAAGUGAAAAUAUUAAUCAAUUUGGUGAUAAUACUCAAAGAGCCAAUGAACAAUUGAAAAAAGCUGACGAAAAUCAAAGAAAACGUAAUAAAUGUGGGAUGAUCACUUUGGUUAUCAUAUGUGUAGUAUUUUUGACUAUUAUCUUGGUAAUCAUAAGUUAA